UGUACGCUUGGGGGGGGGGUACCAGUAGAGAUUUGCAAACAAUGUCGGGACGGGCCGCGAUGCGAAGCCCUGAACCGCCCGACCACGACAAACACCGAAGAUUCACCACCACGAUUGUCGAGACCGAAACGCACCACCAAACCACCAAAUAAUUAUGCCCGGGAGCAAGAGAUCGAUAGCGAGCAGAGAAAAACGAGCUCCCAACCGAGGAAGAAACCCCAAACUGAACCAAGAGCCCAACGUGACACGGUAACUUCGGACGACUGCUCGACAGAGAACGAGGACCUGAGCGCCGCCAAACUUGUGAAAGAGCUCGUCAAACUCAGGAGAGAGAUCAGACGGCGAGAUGAAUUGCACAAGGAAGAAUUUAGUGCCGCCCUCGCCGAAACCCUGACAGAUAGACCCCUGACACCGCAAGCCCACUCCGACGUAUGCCCUCAGAACAGACACUAUGAGAUCCUUCGACCGGAGGAUCUGCUCCGGUGGGUUGAGGCAUUCUGUUCGGAACGAACGGCGAUCAUCCAAAUCAAUGGGCAAGUGUCUGAAAUCCAAAGCCUUCCACAGGCUGGGUUACCUCAGGGCUCUCCCCUAUCUCCGAUAUUAUUCCUCUUUUUCAACGCAGACCUCGUAUAA